AUGCGGGUAGAGGGUUUUACAGUGAAACUCAACGGGAGUGUCACAACCCAGUCGUACUACGGGCGUGCGCAUGAUCGUUUCGAAGUCAAGUGCACGGACCCAGAAAUGAAGAGAGAUUUCAAGAAAAUGCGGCAGAAUAGUAAUGUGGACUUUCUUGCGAAAUCGACGGAGAACUGUAAGCGUAUUGUGGGCUAUAGGGAGGAGGAGCAAGAUUUUGGUGAGGCGCUGGGAGGAUUGUGGGCGUGCCGCACGCGAUUUCUGUUGCAG